AUGAGCAAAACCCAGACCCAGACUCAGACGCAGGCGGCCAACUCGCCCACCCUGCAACUGCGCGGCCAACACGCCGUACGCGAAGGCAUCACCCCCGGUUUCCCCGUCACGACGGACUUGGAGUCGUCUCCCUUCUACGCCGUGCAGACAGGCGACACUCGGACCGUUCUGCCGACCUUUUCUACGCCGGAGGAGGAACGCACGUACCGGAAGGAGCACCUUGCGCUCGUCUUCCGCAUCCUGCAUCGCCAGAAGCUCUCGGAGGGUAUCGCGGGACACUGCAGUGUGCGCGACCCUGUGGAGCCCGACACAUUCUGGGUGAACCCGCAGGGCAAGUCGUUCGCUCGUAUGCGGGCCAGCGACCUCGUACGCUGCCGUGUCUCGGAUGGAAAGAUGAUCGAGGGCCGCGGACCGACUGAUGCCUCGGCGUCAUCAAUCCACAGCCAAGUGUACCGCGUUCGUGGACGUGGUGGGGACUCGGGCAUCGAGAGCAUUGUGCACGUCCACGGGCCGCACAGCAAGGCGUUCUCCAGCAUGGGUAGGGUCCUCGACAUGAUCUCCCAGGACGCUUGCGCCUACCACGACGAGAUGGUCCUCGUCCCCUUUGGCGGCGCCGUCUUUGACAAUCGCGAGGGAGAGCGCAUUGCUAACCUCCUUGGACACCGGAAGAUCGCAAUCCUCCAGAAUCACGGCGCGCUCGCCGUCGGAAAACUCAGCAUCGACGAGGCUGCCUGGUGGUGA